GUAUGCUUACUACACUCAUCGGACAGACUAUGAGUGUAGGCGACAGUUGAAUUGCAGGCCUGUUCGCAUCUUAACAAUUUUUUUUCGUUUUUGGAACGUUUUGUACGUUUGCCUUUGAAUUGUUCAAUUCUGUAAUACAUAAAGAAACUAUUAAUAAAGUUUGGCGUAUAUGUGAGUGAGUGAGUGGUAUAGUGUGUGUGUAUGCAUCGGGAUUUAUAAAUAAAUAUUCUAUAAAUAAUGCGUAAGGCCCGCGCCAACUUUGCUGCUGCGAGAGGGAGGUGCCAUAUGCGUGCACAACUUUACGGAAUUAGUGUUGAUAUGAUGGAAUAAAGGGAAAAAGUGUAGUUUUUCGAGGAAAGAGAGAAAAAAAAAACAGUAAUAAAGUUUGCAAUUAAACAUGGGUGUCCGCGAAACCUUGCAAGUCUAAAUCUGGUGAUUGCGUGGUCGUCGUCGUCGUAUUACUCAAACAGAAUAAAACUGUCCAGUGUUUAAUAGUAGUAGUGAAACGGACGGUACGGAAUGUCGCAGCAAAAUAGUUUGUUAAAGCGGAGCCACAAAACCGAGUUCAUCCCGUCCGGGAUAACGAGGGAAAGGAGUUUCGUUAAACAGAGCAAUCUGCAGAAACGUAGGAGUCAAACGAUGGCAUCGCUGAAAGGUAACAAACCAACGAUGGAAAUAUAUAGACCGCCGAACGUAAGAACUGAUACCGGGAAGCUGAACGUGCACGCGAAAGAAUUCACAAUGACUCACGACCUUCAAACAUCUAAAUCCAGCGGGAAUUUAGCUCAUCUUCUUAACUACGAGUCCGUGCCGCUGCAACAGUCCAAAUCGAGCGGGAACAUCCUAAGACACAUACACGCUCACCCCUUGAUACCGCUGCUGCCGACGAUGCCUGUUCCGCUGAUGCAUUCGUCGUCCACAACAUUAAUACACAAUGUACCGCACAGAGUCAACUUUCAAAUGCCUAGCGAACUUCUCCAACAGCAGCAGCAGCAAUCAGUCUAUGGCAAUCACAUGAACUACAAUUGGAACAAAAAUAUUUUGAAACGAUCGAAAAGCAUGACCGCAGCCGAACAGCAAACACAGGCCCUGUCUAAACUCAAGGGUUUCAGCAAAGAGGAAAUCGACAUCGGCAGUUUUCCAGCCGAGGAGCAGGAAAACCUGAAAACAGCAUUACUCGAUCCAAAUCAAUUGCAAUCGCGAACCCUAAUGGACAUGGUCAAAAUCAUAUUGGAACGAGUAGUCGAAGGCAUAAGGUAUUCGGAAGCCGGCGCGAAGCUCUGCAUCACGAUCAUCGAAAAGGAGAAGACGCAAACUUUCCUCGAAUCCCUAAUAAACACCUGUCAACAGUGGUACCAGGAACGCGACAAAAUAUUGAGAGGAAUCAAAGCCGGAGACGGAACUCGCUUCACCGCCUUCAUGUGGUUCCUAACGGAAAUGUGCGGUCAACUGAAACGCCAUCAACUGAAAACUCAAUUCGAAUCUCUUCAGCCCGAUCUGGUCUUGCUCUCCGUUCUGGCCAAAUGCUGUCAAGCUUGCGUCAGUCUACCGAUCAACUGUUUGGCAGAGACGGAAUGUCUGUUCUUCGUCCUCACGUCCAUAGGAAGAGAUCUGGAAAGCGAGUUGCCAGCCCAAUUGGAACAGCUAUUGGCGAGCGUGAGAGAUGGGUUUUUGGCAAGCGCUGGUUCGCCGUCAGUGCGACGCACUUUGUUGCAACUCAUCGAACUUCACGCCUCCAAUUGGCAACUCCCUGGAUCGUCGGUCCUUUACUACUAUCCUAGGAUCAAGUGAAACUCAAGAGAA